GAAUUCGCGUGGUUUUCCGCGUCAGAGAACUUAGGAGCGCUUGGUGUACACCCGAGCUCCCGUUUGGGACCUGUUUUUGGAUGUGGGAAGACGUGAGGGCGCACGUUUGUUCACCUAGAGGCAGCAUAUUAAUAACGAUCGCAGGCUACAAACCACCAGCACUACAAGUAGUAAAAGCAGAUGUUAACCUGUGAGCGGUUACCUGCUGAUUCCUGCUCCACGCCCCUCACAUAUAUCGCAUUAUUGAAUCUUUAUAGUCCAGUUUGACAGAUGAGAAAACUGAAACGCGAUAGGUGAACUGACCUUCCCCUACACUCGCUGCAGGACAGGAAGAAGAUCUGACUCCAGAGCCUCUGCUCUUAGCUACUAAGCUGUACCGCUGUCCAGUUUGGCAAUGUUCUAAUCAUGUCAGAUAAAGAUGAUUCUGAGACUCCAGUGCUAACUGAAGCAGUCCCCAUCCUUGAAGAUGGAAACUGUGAGCCAGCCAAGAAUUCUGAGUCUGUUGACCAAAAUGCCAAGCCAGAGAGUAAAUCAGAACCCAUAGCUUCCACUCGGAAAAGACCAGAGGCCAAACCUUCCAGUGACCUUGAGACUUCAGAAGUUCUCCCUGUUCCAGUAUCUCAGGCUCCAGGCAAAGAGACUGUUUCCAAAGAUGUACCCCAGACCGGAUGGGGAUAUUGGGGCAGUUGGGGCAAGUCCUUACUGUCAUCAGCCUCAGCCACGGUAGCCACAGUAGGGCAAGGUAUUUCAACCGUCAUUGAGAAGGCAGAGACUUCUCUUGGAAUCCCUAGUCCCAGUGAAGUUUCUACUGAACAGUAUGCAGCAGGAGAGAUAAAUACCAAAGACAAUGAAAACUCCUCCCCCAUGGCUGGGCCAUUUGGUGUAUUCUCAACCAUCUCUACUGCAGUUCAGAGUACAGGAAAAAGUGUUAUCAGUGGGGGUUUGGAUGCCUUAGAGUUCAUUGGAAAAAAGACAAUGGAUGUAAUAGCAGAAGGGGAUCCUGGAUUUAAAAGAACCAAGGGUCUGAUGAACCGGAAUUCUACAUUGUCUCAGGUUUUACGAGAGGCGAAGGAGAAAGAAGAGUUACGGACCUCCGAUGAGGUUACCAUGGAAACAGAGAAGAAAACUCAUUAUGGGCUACUCUUUGAUGAAUUUCAAGGGCUUUCACAUCUAGAAGCUCUGGAGAUGCUUUCCCGAGAAAGUGAAAUAAAGGUGAAAUCUAUCCUUAAUUCUUUGAGUGGAGAAGAAUUAGAGACUCUAAAACUUGAAUUACAGCAACUCAAAGAAGCAUUUUCCCUAGCAGAGUUUUGUGAAGAAGAGGAAGAAGAGAAAAUAGGGGAUGAAGAUUUUACCAAAGAGAUAACAGAGCUGUUUUCCCAGCUGCACGUCUCCUCCAAACCAGAGAAACUUGCCAAGGCAAGAAAUACUGCCCACGAAUGGAUUAGGACAUCUCUGACCAAGCCAUUCACAGAGCAAGAAGAAGGAGAAAAACUGUUGGAAGCAGAAAAUAAUGAGCAAGUCAAUAAAAAUUCAAUAGAGGAUAUCCAUGCAUUUGCAAUCCGGAGCCUAGCAGAACUGACUGCCUGCUCAAUUGAAUUGUUCCACAAAACAGCGGCAUUGGUUCUCCAUGGCAGGAAGCAGGAAGUGACGGCCAUAGAAAGGAGCCGAACUCUUUCCCAGAUGACAGUUGUGUUGUGUAAAGAGUUGUCCUCUCUGUCUAAAGAGUUCACCACCUGCCUAACAACUGCUGGGGUCAAAGAAAAGGCAGAUGUCCUUAACCCAUUAAUCACCGCGGUGUUUCUAGAGGCAUCAAACAGUGCCUCCUACAUCCAGGAUGCCUUUCAGCUACUCUUACCUGUGCUAGAAAUCUCUCUCAUUGAGAACAAGACUGAAUCACCCCAACAUGAGCUGCAGAGCCAGAGGCCUUUGUCAGAACAAUGAAGAACAGAGAAGAUUCCACUUGGGACUUGUGAUAGCCAAGAAAUGCCAUUUUCUUCUGGGUACUUCUACAGAAAUAAAGGAGUGGAGUUAUUUCAGGAUAUACAGUUUCAAGCAGGAGAGCAGGUUUAAAGAGGUGGUUUGUUGUCUUCACUGCUUGAUUAAAGUAUUCAGGUCCUCACACUAUUCUUCUCAGUUGUUUUAAUUAAUAAAUUGUUAGAAAAGAAACUUUUAUAGAAAGUUCAAGAAUAAUAGUUCUAGAUAAAGAUUAGUGGGACACUCAGGCAAAAAUAUUGGUCUUUCCUUGAAAUGUUGCAAAACACUAACAGUUUUGCCGUAGAUAUAAUUUGUAGCCCAUGGAUAUAAUUGGAUGUUAAACAAGAGAAGCUACUUUAUUAUUGUAGAAUUCAUGACAUGCUUGGUCUAUUAAUGCCAUGUACUUACUUUCUAGAAUAAAACUUAUGGCUUUAAUAAAACUGAGCAUAUAUAAACUCUAUAAUGAUUAUACUUAUCACAUGAAUUCUUAGAAAUGGUUAGGAGGUUUCAUCUGCUCUUUAAUUCUCAGUAGAUAUUUGGCAUUGAGAAGAAACUUGUAUCCAUGUAGCCACAUGAAUUAACUAAAGCAAAGUGCCCUUUGGCUUCAAAUGGCUCCCCCACCCCAUAGUGACAGGCUUCAAGUUGUAGCUGAUCCUCUCUCAACUGGGUUAAGACCAGUAAGUGCAAUUUAGGGAACCAGUAUCAUGGUUGCAGAUAUUUUGAGUCUCUCAGGAUGUUUUUCAUGCCUACCCCAUGUGCAGGAUAAAUUCUUCAACAGCCAACUCCAAAGGAGUGUUGAAGCUCUUUUAGUAAUGGGAUGUUUUUUAUUUGAGUAUUGUUGAAGUAGACUGUACAGUCCUAUAGAAAUGGUGUUGGUUUAUAACAGGAUUUACCUCUAAGAUACAAUGUAUUUUCUCCUUAUUCUUUCAUGUUUGUUUUCAUUAUUAUUCUUUAGCAUGUUUUUAAAUAUAACUUUUAUCUUCCAGAUCUUAAGCUUUCUUAUGCUCACUUCAGUAACUUAUGAGACUAUUAAGAUGUCAUCUUCCCAAAAGCUAUUUUGGUAUACUCUCUUUUUAAAAAAGUUCUCCAACUUUGUGAUUUUUAAUGAUUAAGGUAACUUUUGUGAGCUCUUCCCCUCAUCUUCUAAAACCUUUAAAAUAAAAUGUAUUAAUUGUGUUAAUUUAUCUUUUAAUUUCCUAAACCAUGAGCCCCAUUAUCUUUCCCAGAUUAAAAAAAUAGCAAAGUGAAGCUAUAACAUAGAUUGGUAUCAAGACUGUUUCUAUGUAAUCUUUGGGGCAGGAGGCAGUAAGCAUGGAAGAACAUAAAUAGAUUUGUAUCAAAAGGGUAUACCAACAGCACUAAAAUGUUGCUCUGUUUAUAUUCUGUUUUAAUAUGAUCAGAAAGUUUUUGAAUAUUUCUUUUUAGAGACAAAUUUCACCCUUCCCAACUUAAAUAAUUCUGAAAUUUCAGAAAACCAGUGGCCUUUUAGUUAUUGAAGCUGUUGUCCCCAGUCUUAAAUUGUUGCCUCAAGCUGAGUUACUGUGUCUGAACCUGUAUCUCUUGAGCAUGGUUUAGAAACUGGUCACACUGCCUAUUAACUGUUCAGCUCUUGUGCAAUGGAAGUUUGGCACCUUUAACUCUUUAAUCUAGAAACAUAUCUAAAGUUUUUCUUUUAAGAUAUGGUAUAGAUAUAGGGGAGAGAGCAGUAACUCUUUUUAUGUGCUUUCCCAGAUUUCAGUCCUGAAUUCAGCCAGUUUUAGAUUAGGCCUUAUAAAAGGCCUCUUUUUUUUUUUUCUCUUCAUCUUUCCCAUCAGCUUUCCCCACCCAUCCAAAUUUUUUUUUGAAUGAAGUUGGGGACCACUAGUAAAAUGAUGAAAGGACCAGUUAAUUCUGAGUAACAAUUGCCUACUCUUCACCUAGAAUAUAAUGAAAAAGAAUUCAAGUUUUUUGAUUUAGUAGAGAUAGGCAUAAACAUUCAUGGAUAGGUGAAUAGAUAAGUUCAGGUAUCACUUUGGAACCUAGUGGAUGAUGGUGAUGGUUUUUGGAUGGUAUGUGCUUCAUUAUACCAUUUGGGGUGGGUACAUGAUGUGAUUUCUUGAUGAUACCUACUAUUUUUCUUUUAAUUUUCUGGUGUCUAAGACUUAUCACUAAUCACUAAUAUGUGCCACUUCUCUUUACAAUUCACUUAACCCCUUGAUUGGUGAAAUGUUCAGUUAUUGCUGGGGUAAAUGCUUUUCGUACUAUUAAGAUCUUUAUAGGCUAUGAUUAAAAGAGACUUCAUUAACUUGAUCUAAAAGAAAUAGAAACUUCCAUGAACUAAUUCUUGUUCUUCUUUAUAUAAUAUCUUAGAAAUGUGUUAAAGACAAGCUAUAUUUUCCUUAUGUGCUUUUGAUAAUUUUUUUUUUUUUUAAAGCAUAGAUAUCCAGAUUGACAGGCCUCUGAAAUGUGAAAUUGUAAUUCAUGUAGGUGGCAUUACCACAAACCUGAAAUCAGUGCUGGGGCAUAAAUGUGAAUUUUCCAAUCCUAUAAUCAGAAAAUAAGAUCUUGUGGGUUCCUACUGCUGAAAGAGGAUCCUCUCUUUUGUACUUGUUUUUAAGACCUUUUUGAUGGAGAGAUAUUUUAUAGGUAGUUGCUGUUGAUGUCUCCAUUUGAGUAAUGAACAUUUUCUUGUAUUUCUAGAUGUGUUCUGAUUUUAAACAUCAACUCUUCAGGUUGGAAAAAUCCAGAAUAAAAUUGUACCCACGGUGGGCUUUCAGUAAGUGUGAUAUUUCACAAAUGUCAAAGAUUAAAAUCCUUAAUUUUGUCUUAACAUAA